AAAAAGUCAACGUGAACUAAAAAAAGACCUCGUGUUCGGUAAGAACAUCAUCCUCUUCCAAUGCUUUCUUUUCCUAACUUACGACGAUCUGAUUUGAUUGAUAGAUAGAUCUGGAUGCAAGUGUAAAAUCAGAUUUAACAGAGAAACAGAAGAAAUGAGUGGUGGUGGUCCAAUACUUCCGGUAUCGGUCGCCUCCAGAAACAUGUUAGACUCACAUUGAUUUUCUACACACAGGCACUUGGUUCUCUGCUUUCUUUUUUCAACUUCAAAUUCAACCAUGGCCACCGCCACCAAACUCUUCGCACCUAUUCUCACUUUCCAAGUCUUUCCAUCUCUGAUCUCUCAACACAGGAAGACCCUUCAAGUUUCACGCUGCUUAUCCGAGGACAACAACCUUCGAGUGGUCUUCGCCGCCGGAGGCACCGGCAGCCACGUGUACCCUGCAGUGGCCAUCGCGGAUGAACUCAAACUUGCCAACCCUUCAACGGAGUUCCUCUUCAUUGGCACUCCAAACAGCGUGGAAAGCGCUGCAGUGCCAUGUGCAGGGUACAGCUUCGCCUCGGUGCCUUCGGUGAGGUUGAGUCGCCCCUUCAUCGCCCCUCACAACCUCUUCUUCUUCCCUUACCGUUUAUUAAGAGCCCUCAUCCAUUGCUUUCACCGUGGAACUAGCGGCCAUGUCUCUUUUCCUGUUUGCAUUGCCGCCAAGUUAAAAGGGAUAAAGCUUGUGAUCCAUGAACAGAACUCUGCUCCUGGUUUGGCCAACUCUGUUCUUGCCCUGUUUGCUGAUGCCAUCUUCGUGGCUUUCAACUCAACAGCUGAUAGCUUCCCGAGGGAGAAGUGCGUGGUGUGUGGGAAUCCGGUGAGGCUGUCGCUGAGGAACAAAGUUUCAAAGGCGGCGGCAAGGUCGCAUUUCUUUCCAGGGUAUGGGAAGACGAGUGAGUGUAAAGCAAAGGUUUUGGUGGUUCUUGGAGGGUCUUAUGGCGCAAAUGCUGUCAACAUCGCAAUGCUGAAUUUGUAUUAUCAGAUGCUGAAGCAGAAUAGUUGCUUGUACAUUAUAUGGCAAACUGGGGUCGAAUCAUAUGAUGAAAUGGACAGUCUUGUUAAGAAUCAUCCCCGCUUGUAUAUGGCACCGUUUAUGCAUUGUAUGGAUAUGGCGUAUGCAGCUGCAGACUUGAUUGUUUCAAGAGCAGGUGCAAUGACUUGCUAUGAAAUAUUGGCUACUGGAAAACCCUCUAUCCUGAUACCAUCACCACAUUUAUCAGAGGGGAAUCAGUUCAAGAAUGCUUCGUUGAUGGCAGACUUAGCUGGUGUCAAAGUUAUUACUGAGGAUGAGCUUGACUCAAGUACACUAGCAAUUGCAAUUGAACAGAUUUUAAGGGAUGAGAAGAAAAUGAAAGAUAUGUCAGAGAGGUCACUGAAAGCUGCAAAUGACAAUGCCUCUGCUGAGAUUGCGAAACACAUUCUAGCUCUUGUAAAUCAAUCAACAAAAAAGGAAGAAUUGGCUGCAAACUAGGAUCUUAGUAGUUUGCUGGUUGAAGUAAGUUCAGGCUUAACACUGAGCACUGCAAGUGAAAAAGUCCUCUCCUUCACUUGCAAUACUUGAUAACAUGAAUUGUUAGAACUUCCUCUCCUCAAUUGCUUUCCAUAUGGGAGAAGAAUGUUGAAAGUUGAAACUAUACUUUUGCUUCAAAAGACUUCAGAUUGUAAAAAACCUAGGUCAGGUAUAUUACUAUAUUUAACAGUUCACAUCAGAUAUUAGUCCUAAGAUGACUUGUAUUCAGUCCAUGUGGCUAUUACAUCUGUUGAAGAUUUCAGAGUGACCAAACGUGUGGUUUCAAUCAUUUUUGCAACCAUAAAAGAAUUAAGUUCUUUUUCUUU